AUGAGUUAUUCAAUGAAUUCCGUACCAUUUAAAAGCGACGAAAGUAUAAAAAACAACAUCAUUGUGAAGGGAGCCUGUCUCGACAAAUACAAAAAGGAAUGUCAGGAAUACGAGCGUCGUGUCAGAGAUCUUGAACCGGGCAAAGCAUAUCAUCCUAGUGUCCAUUUCCAGAAUGAAUGUGCCGAGAAGAAGCUAGAAGAAAAGCGUCCAAUCAGAGACCAGUUGGAGAAAGAUGUCAAAAGAUAUCAGAACGAAUAUGAUCGCCGUGACAGAGAGAGGAGAAGAGAGGAAGAGAAAAAAAGAGCUGUGAAGAAGAAAUAG